UGGAAGAACCGUACCUGAGUUGACACGCACUGUUGCGCAACUCCUGCUCAACAUUGAUGUUUCGAUUCGCACGCUACCAUUCCGAAAUUCCACACCUGCCAAUUCUUCGUGCUGCUUUCGUGCUGCUCGUCAUCGUCCCAAAUAUAAGUCGUAAGUGUGUGAUAUGCGCAGCUUCAUUGAAUGUUUGUCGUUUCUUUUCUGGGUUGUAACCCUUGUCGGCCAGGUCACCCGAAUUUUUGCAGCGAACUGGCUAAAAUACUGGAUGACUUUCAACAAAAACGAGGGUGGCGCACCGCAGCUCAAUACAGAGGGGUUGCCGCACGGUCGAAAAACGCCCUACGCCCAUCAUACAAUGAUCAGCGUUCAACUGUUUGACAAUCGCACGCCCUGUAUUGGCAACGUGCUCCAGUGGGAUUGAUGGCUUGAUUUUGGAUGAUGUGCUUGUCGCACCGGUCAUAACCG